CAUAGCGCCAGGGUCAGCAAGACAGGUCGACUUUUGCAGCUGUUGAGGUAGUGGCGGGGAAGGGUCUUGUCUGGCCUUAGUAGCUGUAGUGGCAGUCGCUCCGGCUCCUGUUUCGGCUCCGAGGCGUUAGGCCGCAGGAGCAGGAUGUAUACACUCCUGUCAGGGCUUUAUAAAUACAUGUUCCGAAGAGAUGAAUACUGCAUCCUAAUCCUGGGGCUAGACAAUGCAGGAAAGACGACUUUCCUGGAGCAAACAAAAACCCGAUUUAACAGAAACUACAAAGGGAUGAGUUUAUCCAAAAUCACCACUACAGUGGGCCUGAAUAUUGGUACCAUUGAUGUGGGCAAAGCUCGCCUUAUGUUCUGGGAUUUAGGAGGGCAAGAGGAAUUGCAGUCUCUUUGGGACAAGUACUAUGCUGAGUCCCAUGGGGUCAUCUAUGUCAUUGAUUCUACUGAUGAAGAACGACUCUCAGAAACCAAGAGAGCAUUUGAGAAAAUGAUCACCAGUGAAGUGCUGGAGGGGGUCCCUAUCUUGGUCUUGGCCAAUAAGCAGGAUGUAGAGACCUGCUUAUCUAUUCCUGACAUCAAGACUGCAUUCAGUGACUGCAUUAAUAAAAUUGGAAAAAGAGACUGUCUGACACAGGCUUGUUCAGCUCUCACAGGCAAAGGGGUGAAUGAGGGCAUCGAGUGGAUGGUGAAAUGUGUCGUGAGGAACAUCCAUCGCCCCCCUCGACAGAAGGACAUCACGUAAAGCCAGAAGAGCACUACUGCUGUGCUUGGACAGCUGCCCCCAGCGCAGAUUCUACCCACAUUCUUUGUCCAGGGAACAGGGCCCAGGACCUUGUCAUCGAUUGGAUUCUUUUCAUUUGGAUUUUUGAUUUUGCUUUUAUUUUUGUUUUUCCUAAGACGAACUUUUUGUCUCUAUACAGAAAAAAAGGCAUCUUGAGGAUUCUACCUGGGGGUUGGAAAGGGGUAAAGGGAGGGUGUAGGGGGAAGAAUUUCUCUGUGACCAAACAUAAGACCCUCCUGAAUGAGGAAUGAUAGGAGUAUUGCCUUGCCUGGAGCACAGGAACCAUCAGGUGUCAUGAGUGACUUUAUCUACACUACCACAAGUUGUGGCUAUAUUCUCUCCACUUGUUCCAGGGAGCUGGUGAAGUAUUUUUAGUUAAUGGCCUAAAUUUAGUCCUUCAUCAGUUAAAACCAAACAUGAAAAAAUGGCUCAGACUAGUCCCUGGUAUGAGUAUUGAUAAGGGAUUAUGACAUGCAUGUAAGACAGUUUUCAUCUGCUUUAAAGCUCAAGUUUUCUUGGGUGUAUUUGGCUAAGUCUCUGCUGGAGCAAGUACCCUUUGGCUGUAAAUCUUCAUAUUUUCUAAUAACUUCUCUAUUGCCCCAUACCCCCUGGGGAUAAUGGCUUGUGCUUGGUUCCCCAACCUCUUGUAGAAUGAUGAGCAGCUAGCAUUGCUUUCAAAGCAGAGGUAAUCGUGGUGACAAGGCCCCAUUUGCUUGGGGCAACAGAUUUUUACUGCUCAGAGCAGCUAUAUUAGAUGAUACGCAAAAAAAUGAGUUCCAAAGAAAAGAUUUAAUACUUUGAGCCAAAACAUUUCCAUUGACAGCAGACAUUACUUGUUCAUCUCUGACAACAUUCACUCUAAAUCCUCCUUGGCUUCUCAGGUCCCUGCUCUGGGGUUCAGAAUGGGGAGACCAAAUAACUUGUUCAGACCUGGCCCAGGACCAGGCUAUUAAGUCAUAAUAUGGUUGUGGGGUUUUCCAGGACUCCGUGGGUGUUAUUGAAGUGCAACCGUGGCUGUUUCCACACAGAAAUCAGCUCUAGAUAAUCCAGGUCAUUGGCCUGAUUGCAGUGUUGCCCAAAGCAGAGGCUUCCUAGAAUUUCAUAGAAACCUUAGCUUUCCAUCCUAGUCAGCUGACUGACCUUGAGUAUCUGCCACAAUUUAAAAGACCUGAAGCAACUAGACCAAUAGUGUCAACUGUGGGUACCGAAUAUGAUCAAUCUGGGCUAAAAUCAACCUAGAUUGACCAAUGUCCCUGUCUUUGUAAUGCUUUUCUCAUUCUAAGGGUCUUAACUUUACUCUGGGGGAAUGGUGUGAUCCCUUGCAGCCUCGUUUAAGAUCUAAUUGGUGAUAUAAGAGCUCAUCGCUUAUAGAUGCACUUGCCUAGAAUCUGGGUUAUUAAUGGUGGAUAGCUGCCCUUUCCUCACACUUCCAGGCCCCAGUUGAGUUGCCAAACACUUGAGUGUUGGUCUUACCACCUGGCACAUGCUUUGGCUACUGCAGAAUUUUGAUAGUGCUACAGGGAAGUGGAAGAGACGGGAGUACUUUUGGAGAAAUUUUUCUUCCUUCUCAGGUUACACUUAAUGUGACACAUUGAGUAGAUAUUAUGAACAAGUAGCAAAAUGCUAUCAGUAGCCUUUGUUACUACUGAUUUUAGCCUCCCAAAAUGGGGCCAGAGAGAGGGUUAAUACAGGAAAGUCAGAGCCAAGAGGAUAUAGGCUCUUGCUUCCUACUUUGAGGGGUCUCUCUCCACCUCUCUAGCCUGCAUGCUACAGUGUGCCUUAAGCUGGGUCAUUGUUAUACCCAUGGGUAGAUUUCAGACAACAUUCCCCCAUUAUUUAUCCUGCUACCUGGAGAACAUUUAAAAGUUAAAGUGAAGAGCUAGACACCAACCUAUAGUCGGCCCUUUUAGGACCUGGCCAUCUGUUGAACAGAAUUGUUUAUCAGGGUAGUUUAUAAGCUAUAGGCAUGCAAUAUGUCUGAUUAUACAUCAAUUCAAACACCAGCCUACUGUCUGUUACCCACAAGAGUCUGUUUCUCUUGUAGCUUAAUUCCUUUAGGCUCCAGUGUAAGAUAAGCAUGUCUCCAAGUCUUAGUCUGUAAGCUUUUUUACCUUUAAUUUAGGAAAAUGAGUGUAUAGAGUCUAGUAGAGGUAAAACUUUACCUGCCUCCCUAUAUUUUCAGUUUGAUGAUUUGGGUGAUUCCUUAUAAAACUGACCAUUUCCUUCCAGGCCUGAUGUCCUUGAGUGAACAGUGUAGUUGUCCCUACUUGAACUGAAUGAGAGGAAAAGAAAUAUGCUUCUGAGAUCUUCUAACAUCUAUGAGUGACCUUGGGCAAAUUCCCUUUUUGGUAUAAUGUUUCCCAGGCUGUCACAAAGGAAUGUAAGGUCUGGCUCCAGGGGGAGUUACCUGUUACUUCUUUACAGAUUGGUGGGCUACUGAGGGCUUUGAGAUCCUAAGGGGGUGUGGGGGUGGAGAAAGCUGCCAAAAUUGAAAGUAAGCACACACCAAGAACCCAAGGAAGAUCUGCUCUUUGAUCUUAACUUUGAGGGAGGAGUCGUGCCUGCUUAGUGUUUGUCUUUAGGUCCUGUUUGCCCCUGCAGGAACAUCUUGUUCUUCAUGUUCCAUGGUAACGAGACUAUGUUUGUGCUGAAAUCCCCUUUGGAAAUUGACCUGGCAACGUUAAAUGUGCUACUUUUCUUUCUUGGACAGUGAACCCUAGUGAAUUGGGAGAGAAUGGGAUAGAAAGUGUUCUGUGGGGCCAGCAGUAAGAAACAAGACCUAAGGUUUAGUUGAGGUUACAGGUAUCUAUCUGCCACAACUACUGCUGUCCUCCAAGCUUUCUAGUGGAGACCCAGAGGAUUCCUAUAGAUUUGCUACAGCCAGGAUGAUAGUGGUAUGGGCUAGCAGCUCUAGCUAACCGUAGAUUGAAAGUGGGUCAGGGUCAGGCUUCAAAAUCAGGACCUAGCAAGGUCAGGGGAAAGUGUUUCUCACUUAUUUGCUUUGGCCAAAGCGAUGAUAGUUUGAGGUUUGUCCUGGAUCAUAGCUGGGUAAAACUCUCAAUCUUCUUUCUACCAAAGCCUAAAACUCCAUGUUUCCCACUGAAUACUUCUUCGCUUUGGUGAAGUGAGGCUUUUGGGAGAAGCCUCUAAUUUCGCUAUUACUGAGGACUUAGGAUUCCCCAUGUUUGUCCUCAAUUCGAUUUAAUUCUAGUUUUCCCUGAAUCUUAGGAUUCUCUUCUUUCCACUUAGAUCAUCUCCUUUACUCUUGAACUGACCCAAACCAAGGAGCAACUCCAUUGUAUAAACAUCCUCUUUUCUUUUGGAAAAUUCAGCCUAGCCUUUGCAGCUGCUGGGUUGGACCCUCCCUGUCUUGGUCCUGUUUUAAUUUAUUAAAGCUUGGGCACUUUUAGAAUAUCUGGCAGAGCCUUUUGUUUGCACUGAGGCCCUUACUAGCCAUGGCUUCUUGUUCAUGGUCACCCAGACAACUCCAACUGGCUUAGAGAAAAAUUGAAAAAACUAUGACCCUAGGAACUCUAGGUACUUAGCUUUUUCCCACAACAGUUUAGCUUGGCUUAGGGAUUGAGUGAUGGUUCCCAAUCUGAUAUCUAUUCCUCAGCAGGAUUCAGCAAAAGUUUGGCCAGAUGCUUUAUGCUUGCAUACUUGUGAUCAUAGAGCCAUAUGACACCCUCAUCUAGACCACUAAGCAGGCAGGGGUCUGGCCACUAAUUGUAGGGGCUUGAGGCCACCACUAUCAAGGCAUGCCAGUUGUCUUUAAUCCCCAGUAGUUCUCUGUGUUUGGAAAAAUAAAAAUCUGAUCAGAAA